AUGACAACAACAACAUCGACAUACUCGUCCCCAAUACAGUCCAGCUUCCCUCUGGACGCCCUUACGACAACGUUCACAGCGCCGGCGAGCUGUAGCGGCGUUUAUUCCUCCGCAGGUAUCGCUAUCAUCGAUGAUGACCUGGCCUGCCUCCCCCAGGGCUUCACAUCGCUCUCAACAAAUUAUUUCUCGCCCGGAAUAGCUUGUCCUGCGGGUUACGUAACGGCAUGUAGCGACAACGCAGGCGUAAGCUCCAUCACAACGGUGACAUGCUGCCCGUACCGAGGCGACAUCACGUUGGGGUGUGUUACGCCGAGCACGCUGGAAGACGUGUGGAAAACUUUAUUUUGCACUUGGAUAGCCCCUGAGGCAGGGACUACGGUCAAGGUCACGCAGUCCGCGGACGGCACGACCUCAACGGCCGCAGUCAGUAUGGAGAGUCCCGGCGGCAUCAACGCACUUGGAGUUAGGAUGGUCUACCAGAGCUCCGACAUGACGACCGCAGCGGACAAGACGAACGGGGGCUCGGGGACGUCCACGGCGACUUCCAGCGGAGCGACGAGCACAACGGAUUCAGGCUCGGGGAGCAGCGCUGGCCUCUCCACCGGCGUGACCAUUGCCAUCGCCGUGAUUAUCCCCGUAGUUGCUAUCGCUGUCGCAGCGGCAUUGUUCUUCUGGAUACGCAAGCGGAAGCAAGCGCAGCGAGCACAGCCGAGCGAAGGGGCAGGUACAUCGUACGACUACAGCAAAAACGGAUACAGCGCCGUGGCUGCGGGAGGUGGCUUCCACGACCCGAAAUCAAGCCCGGCGCCACCAUCAGAGGUAUCUGGAGUGGGCGCAUAUGGGGUGAGGAAUCAGCAGCAGGAGCUGGUGGAGCUGGGACACCAGCAACCGCCGGUAGAAUUGCCUGCUGAACACCAAUAUCGGUAG